AAAAGAGCAUAUGCAACAACUUUUUCAAGACCUUACACUUGAACCAAACAAACCCACCCUUUCUCUUCCAAAAUGCAGGUCCUCAACUUGGUUUCCAUUUUCUUUUUUGUAUCUUUCCUCUUUUUAUUAAAGAUAUGGAAGAAUUCCAAUAGCCAAAUUAGCAAAAGAUUGCCUCCAGGUCCAUGGAAAUUACCUAUUCUUGGAAGCAUGCUUCAUAUGGUUGGUGGACUUCCACAUCGAGUCCUUAGAGAUUUAGCCAAAAAAUAUGGACCAAUUAUGCACCUUCAACUAGGUGAAGUUUCAGUAGUUGUGAUCACUUCUUCUGAGAUGGCAAAAGAAGUACUAAAAACUCAUGACCUUGCUUUUGCAUCUAGGCCUAAACUUUUGGCCUCCGAACUUGUCUUGUAUAACUGUUCCGAUAUUGCCUUUUGCCCAUAUGGUGAUUACUGGAAACAAAUGCGUAAAAUUUGUGUCUUGGAAGUGCUCAAUGCCAAAAAUGUUCGGUCAUCCAGUUCGAUUAGACGAGAUGAAGUUCUUCGUCUCGUUGAAUUUUUUCGAUCAUCAUCCUCAAGUGAGCCAGUUAAUGUAACAAAAAGGAUUGCUUUAUUCACAAGCUUCAUAAUAUGUCGAUCAGCAUUUGGGAACGUACUCAAGGAGCAAGACGAAUUUAUACAAGUAAUGAAAAAAGUGACAGCCUUAUUGGAAGGUUUUGAUGUGGCUGACAUAUUCCCUUCGCUUAAAUUUCUUCAUGUGCUUAGUGGAAUGAAAGGUAAAAUGAUGGAGCUCCACCGUAAGGUAGAUACCAUUGCUGAGAAUGUUAUAAAUGAGCACAAGAAAAAUCUUGCAACUGGCAAGACCAAUGGUGAAUUAGGACGUGAAGAUUUAAUUGAUGUACUGUUGAGACUUAUGAAAGAUGGAGGCCUUCAAUUUCCAAUCACCAACGACAAUAUCAAAGCUAUUAUUUAUGACAUGUUUGCAGCGGGAACAGAAACAACGUCAACCACAAUGGACUGGGCCAUGGCAGAAAUGAUUAAGAAUCCAGGUAUAAUCGCCAAAGCUCAAGCAGAGGUAAGAGAAGCCUUUAGAGGAAAAGAAACUUUUGAUGAAAAUGACGUUGAAGAGUUAAAAUACCUAAAAUUAGUCAUUAAAGAAACUUUAAGACUCCACCCUCCGCUACCACUUAUGCUCCCAAGAGAAUGCAGGGAAGAAGUAGACAUAAGCGGCUACACUAUUCCUUUGAAAACAAAAGUCAUAGUUAAUAUUUGGGCUAUUGGAAGAGAUCCAAAAUACUGGGAUGACGCAGAAAGCUUUAAGCCUGAGAGAUUUGAGCAGAGUUCAGUGGAUUUUGCUGGUAAUAACUUUGAAUUUCUUCCCUUUGGUAGUGGAAGGAGGAUUUGCCCUGGAAUAUCAUUUGGUUUAGCUAAUGUUUAUUUGCCUUUGGCUCAAAUGUUGUAUCACUUUGAUUGGAAACUUCCUACUGGAAUUAAUCCAAGUGAUCUUGACAUGACUGAGUCGGAUGGAGCAAGUUGUACUAGAAAGAGUAACCUUUACUUGAUUGCCACUCCCUAUCAACCGUCUCAAGAGUGAUUCAAUGGCAUCAAACUCUAUUUUAGGAAAGAUUCAAAGUAAUUUUUCCAUCAGCAGUUAAUGUAGUGGUUGGCCUUAAAAGCUCGCUAUGCAUUACUUCUCCCUCCUCCUCCUUUGCUUUUAAUUUCUUUGUACGGCCUAUCAUUGUUCUUUCUUCUUCUGGUGUAUUAUGCUUUCACUAUUUGUAACAUAUAUGUGUCUUUUGUUAUCUAAUAAAUGUAUCCUGAUAGAGUGAUAGUUGUCAA